ACACUAUUCCGGCCCGCUGGAAAGCCGCGGGGCUUUGGCAUUGCAUUUGGGUGCAACAUGCAUCGGCCGCACGUUGGCUAUACCGGGCCGGACGGCGUAGUGCUGAUGCACUAUUUUGGGCCACGGAAGAAACUUGCUUGCAAAGCAACACCACACGCCUGCUGGCGUCAACAUCGCGAGUUGGCAACAUGGCGACGAUGACAAGUUAAGUACAUAAAGUUCCAAAUAUUCCCAGAUAGCUGAGGGUUUCUUGUUUCUUCUCAUCAUCAUCAUCGUCAUCAUCAAUCACAAUAAGAAAAACUCCAAACAUUUCCUUUAGUCUUUUCUUAUUUUCCUAUUUCCUUUUGUUCCUUUAUUUUCCUUAGAAAAUAUAAAAAUCAUCAAGAUGUUCACCAAGACCGUGGCCGUUGCUUUCCUUAUCGCUGCUGCCUCCGCAGCGCCUACCAGCACGUCUGGUUCAAGACUUCCCUCUCGCACCGUUCCUCUUACCGGCGUCACCCACACCGUGGCCGCCGGCCGCGGUGCGCUGAGCUUCGAACCCAGCAACAUCGUCGCCAAUAUCGGCGAUGUCGUCGAGUGGCACUUCGCGCCCCAGAACCACUCCGUGGCCCAGUCGUCCUUCGGCGAGCCCUGCAAGCCCCUGACGGACGCCGCCGGCGCCGAGGUCGGGUUCUUCUCCGGCUUCAACUUCGCCGUCCCGGCGGGCCAGAGCAACAGCGUCUUCCAGAUCACCGUCGAGGACGCGAAGCCCAUCUGGUUCUACUGCUCGCAGACGAAGGGCAACCACUGCCAGAGCGGGAUGACCGGCGUCGUCAACCAGAACUUCAACUCCCCCAACACCCUCGCUGCGUACAACCAGCUCGCAAAGGUCUCGGGCGUGUCUGUCAGCCCGGCCGUUCAGCAGCCCCUCGGCGGUGUCAUCGCUAACCCGAAUCCCCUUGCUGGCUUCUAAGGACCAAAAUCUUAGACGGGUACUGACACGUCACGCAAUGGUCUGAGAGAAUCAUGGACGGGGAUUAGAAUGUGCUCAACGGGGUCUUGUUUUUAUUUUUUCUUUCAUUUUUUUCAACUGCAUAGCGUUGGCAUUUCGGCGUAGCGGUCUUGCUCUGGGUGGGCGUUUUGCAUAUCAUUGGGAGUUUGUUGGGGUUUGCUGAGCAUUGUGAAGAUGAAACACAUAAUUAGCACAUGAAAUUACUUUGAUCACAAGCCAUAGGCUUCGGCCAAUAUCAUACACCGCGAAAAUGUUUUAUUAAGACAGGUUUUGUU